AUGUCCCUGGCUGAGGCCCUCCUUCCCCUAGUAGAGUCUCCCUCUCUCCCCCUGAUCCCCUGGAAGUGUUCCACCCGCUACAAGACAGAGCUCUGCAGCCGCUAUGCUGAGACGGGCUUCUGCAUGUACGCAAAGCGCUGCCAGUUUGCCCACGGCUUCCAUGACCUCCACGUGCCCUCCCGCCAACUCAAGUACAAGACGGAGCUGUGCCGCACCUUCCACACGGCAGGCUACUGCACCUACGGCAUCCGCUGCCUGUUCGCCCACAAUGCCAUGGAGCAGCGCCCCACCCGCCACCUCAACAUCCCCUGCCGUACCUACCGCUCAUUCGGCGUGUGCCCCUUCGGCAGUCGCUGCAACUUCCUGCACAUUGAGAGUGACGGUAGCGGCAGCUUCAGUGGUGGCGGCCUGGAGUCUCCAGACAGCGCUGCUGAGGAUAAGGUCCCCAUUGCCAGGCCCCAACCAUACACUCAGGGCUGGAAGCCCCGCAGGGCCCUGUGCCGCACCUUCAGCUCCUUUGGCUUCUGCCUCUACGGCACCCGCUGCCGCUUCCAGCACAGCCUGACCAGCAGCAUCAGAGGCCCUGACUCCACCACCCAGGGGGGUGACUGCACUCCUCAGCUGUCCGGUGGGAGAGCCCUGUCCACAGCCUCAGACAUGUUCUCCUCCUCACCCUGCUCAUCCAACUCCUCCUCGCCCCCCUCUGGACUACCCUCCCCGAUCUGGCCAGACGACUCGUCUCCCCUGACCACCCUGCUGAACGAGCCCGUGGCCCACAAUGCCUUCACCUUCUCCUGCCAGCUGAAUGAUCUGCUGCUGCCUUUGGCCCUCAGACUCCAGAAGCUGGAGAACAGCCAGGCCAUGGCCGCUGCCUGCACCAUGCAGGAUGUGUGCGAGAACAAGCCAUGGUCACUGUAG